GUUCUGACGAAGGCAUUUUCGCUCAUUCGUGCUACACGCACCUCGAGAGCAUCGACACAGUUCCCGUAAGUUCCCGUUAGCUCCCGACAGGUCCCGUCAGUUCCCGUCAGCUCCCGUCAGUUACCGUCAGCUUCGCUCGAGAGGUGUUUCCUGCGAUGAACGCGCUUGGGACAGACACGGAGCAAGGCUCGUCAUCUCGACGCAGCGGUCUCAAGCGAAAGUAGGGAGGGAUUCGACAAGCGUGGUCGAGCUCCAUCCACGCCACACCUUCGUUCGUAGUAGUGCCCUCGCCUCUCGCCUCUCGCCCCUCGCCUCUCGCCUCCCGCCUCGCCUCGCGCGUCAUGUCGCAUCUGCCUCAGGGGAGUCUCCUCCCGCUCAUUCGCGCCGGCGACAUCGUCUCCAUCUGGCAUGACGUCAUCCUCUCCUGCGCCUCCCCUGACGCGAGCAAUGCUCCCCUCCGUGCCUCCCCUCGCACCGUCAUCAAUCCGCCAACCCGCGACGCUCCAACUGGUACCAUUCCUCUGCUCAACUUCAUCUGCACUUCCUCUAAGUCCAGCUCUUUCGCCGCCUCGCUCGCCGGUCGCCGGCGCCGUCUAGCGCUUGACGGCUCCGUCAAGGUCGACGACUCGGAGCAGCGGCCGUGGAACCUCGGGAUCAUCCCGCAGACCUGCGUCCUCGCGCCGUCCCCCGCCACGUCCGCAACCUCCCCCUCCGCGCUUCCCGCUGACAGACCCAUCCCCGCAGCCGACGACGACCUUUACCCGUUCGACUCCUCGGAAGCGGCUUGCGACCCCUGCGACCCCUUUAGCCGCCCCGAUAGCGGCGCCGCGUUCCCCGUGAUUCUGGACAACGCGCCGUUGGAGGCGGUGGAGGUGGGCGCGAAGGAGCGCGACCCGGGCGACGUGUUCCCCGUGCUGCCGCUCCUCGCGCUGCCCGUGCGCCUGCGGUCCGGCCUGGGGUCAGAAGUUUCGUGGAAACUGGUCGUCGUGGCGGCGGACGACCCGUUAGUUUUGGCUCAUCAGGUGGAGAUUUUAGCGGAGACUAUUCUGCCAAGAGUUAAAGCCUGGGCCGCGGGAGGGUUCGGUGGGUUCGCGGGAGGAUCCGCGGGAGGGUUGACGGACGUCGAUCCCGACCGUUGGUGGAUCCCCGAGUCCCCGCAGCGCGACUCGGGCGAUUGGGAGGAAGCUGCGCGGAAGGCGCAGAGCGUGGUUCUCGAGGUGCACAGCAUAUGGAAGCUGCUGGUGUCGUCGCUGCGCCGCCCCACGCUGCAGCGGCGGCAGCGCGUGAGCGAGCGCACGGUGCAGGGCUGGCAGGACAAGGGCGGCGCGGGGGACGACGGCAGCAGCAGCCUCCUACAGCUCGUCGCGCGACCUGGCGCCGCUGGCGGGCUUGGCGGGUUCGGCGGGGGGAAGACCCGCGGGGGCGGCGGAAACGGGAGGGGUGGGUUGGGGAGCGGAGCGGUGGCCGGGGGGAAGGGUGGGCUGAGCAGGGGAAGAUGUUCCGCCGCUGCUGCGGCGGCGGCUGUUGCGGCAGCUGAAGGGGGCUCAGCGCGCAGCGAAGCGGGCAGUGAAGAAUCAAGGGGUAUGGGAGGCGAGGAGGGGGAGGAGGGGAGGGAGGGCGAGGGGACGAGACAGCUGAGGCGGGCGGGGAGCGUGGAGGAUCUGGGUAGCAGCGGUAGAAGCGGCGGCGGCAGGAGCAGUGCGGGAAACAGCAGCAGCGGCGGGAAGCGCAGAGGCGUGCUGCCGCAGAUUUCGCCGCGCGCCCUGUCAAUGACAAACGCUGCGGCGCGUGUGCUCGUGAAGACUGCCACGUGGAGCAGAGGAAGCAGUAUCAGCUGUGGGAGUGGUAGUAGUGAUAGCGCUAGUAGAGGGGUUGGGAGUAAGAGCAUGGUUGCGGGUAGUCGCAGUUUCGCGGGGAUUCGCAGCGACGGAGGCAGUAAAGAGUUUAAUCGGAGCGAAACUUGUAACGCGGACGAUGCUGCUUCUACCAGGGCUCGUUCGCGCAGCAAAUCGCCUUCGCCUCGUUCAUUCGCCUCGAAUCCUCGUGGGCUUUCGUCGCCAGGCGCGCGAGAAUCGCAUUUUGACGAGAAUUCGCUAGGGCACGGGGUUGGCGGAAGGCGAAGAGACUCCUUGGGUAGGGUUACUUCAGUUGGGCAACCUGAGAGUGGUUUCGCAGGCUUCAAUCGGAAUAAUCUGGCUGGCGAGAUUGGCGAACUUGGCGACACUAGCGAUUUGGGCGAGGCCGUGAAGAGCAAAACAGACGCGAAUCGCAUGUGGAACAGUGGACGGUUGGGAUUCAGCGCCUCGUUUGGCAGCAAAUCAGGUGCCGCCUCCACCAGAUCCACCUUCUCCAGGGAAACUACCUCCACGUGGGGAGGGCUGGACUCGAGCUUUCACAGCGGGCCGCUGUUUGGCAUGUUUGGAAAAAGCCGAACCAUUCGAGAGAGCGACGGGCAGCAGAUUCCGAAAGCACGUAGCUGGGGCUGGCACGGGAAGGGAGGGACUGGUAAUGGCGGUGGCGGCGGUAGUGGUGGUUCUGCUGCUCCAGAGGAUGGCAGUGGGGGUGGUGGGGGUGGUGGGGGUGUCGAUUAUGGUGGCAGUGGCGACGCAAGUGGCUACAGCGUUACCAGUGGUGGAGGUGGUGGGGAACGGGCGAGGAGUGGGGCGAGGGUGGCGUUCAGCAGGAGCAACACGGCAUCGAGCACAUACAGCUUCGUGAGCGUGGGCAGCAUGGCCAGCACUCACAGCACCCACAGCGCCCACAGCGCCAAGAGCCCGACUGCUACUCCAGACCUGGCUGCUUCUGCCACCGCUGCUCCUGCUGCCGGGUAUUGUGGGACGGGCAAGAGUCAUAGGUUCGACAGGUUAGUGGUUGAUGGGCCAAGUGGGGCAAAGGGUAGGGACGCUGGAGGUGGAGAAAACUGCGGAGGGAGCCGCCCGUUCACCCCGCCUCUUGGUCGGUCGAAGACCGAUCCGCACAACUUUGGGUCAGGGGGGGCGAGGCGUGGGUGUUCUCAGAGGAACUUGUCGCCCUCUCAUGCUCAUGCCGCAGCUGGCCUCGACCAUGAUGACAAUGACGACGAUAGCUUUACCUUCUCUCCGGUGGACACCCCACCAGCUGUUCCGCCAGGGCCAGUCGCACGGCCAGUGUCAGCGUCCGUGUCAGCGUCCGUGUCCCCUCUGGAGAGCCCCCCCGCGCUCACCCGCCGCUGGAGCCUCGCCUCGCAGGUCAGCUUCACAGGGAAUGGAGGGGCGGGGCCGAGUGGGCGGGAGGUGUUUGAUGCGGCAGCUGAUGGUGCUGAGGGGAAGGAGGAGCAUGGUCAGCGGGGCAGUAAGGGCCGGCACGGUGGACGUGAGGCAGUGGAAUGGGCUGCUGAAGGGUACAGUGAUGAGUGCUCCAAUCAUGCUAUCUCCAGCCAUGUGAACCGCAGCCAUGCGAGAAGCAGCCACGCUAGCUGUGAACAUGCCAGCCGCCACUACGAGCACCAACCAUGGGAGCAGAGAAAGCUGCCCAAGUCACCCUCCCUGCCAAAGUCCCCAACCCUGACCAAAUCACCCUCCCGGCCCAAAUCACCCUCUUGGUCCAAGUCACCUCAAGCACCCAAGAAUGGGCUGCGAGGCGGGAUCACCAUGGAGCACCCGCAUCCUGCUGACAGCGACCACAUGUGGGCAUGCGAGAGCAGUAGAGGAGGGAGCAGCAGCCAUGCAUCCUCUGAGGUGCCGCAGACCAGAGGCGGCGCUAGAAGCGGGGUGAGGAGCAAGCAGCGCGGGCAGCAGCACGUUCCGGAGUGCAUUUCCACCGAGUCGGAAGCUCCUGCGACUUCUGAGAGUCCCACGAGGAGAGGAAUCGUCAGAAGUGCAACGUAUGAUCACCCACCGCCGCAGCUAGCGGCAGCAGUUUCUGCUGAGCCGCCGUUGCCGGAACCACCGGGGCGGCGAUUCGCAAAGAGCCACACAGAAGCCCCCCAGCGCAGGAUAAUCGUGACCCGGCCUCAGUCCAGUUCUGGGGCUAGAGGGGGAGGGGGGUUUGGGGGAACGAGAGGUUUGGAUGAACGGGACAUGCAUUCCCGGCCUCCCAAGGUAUCGUAGCUGGCAGACGAUGAGCUUUGGAGGGCGAAGGUGGAAUACAGGUGGUGGCAAGUUUGUGCUGGAAGGGACUUCGUGAGCUAUGGUGGGGGCUUGGGAAAAUGGGUUCAAGCUUGAGGCGCAUACUGGUAUGUUGUAACUUGUAACUAGUGUUGUUGUGGCCUUCACUCCAAGCUAUUUUCGUCACCAUUAUC